CCGGGCUUCGAAGGCCUCAUCUGUAAUAAUGGGAGGUUCUCAGUAUCAGAAACCCUCAGGGGUAAAACUAAAUGGCCGCUUGAAUACAGAGUUUAUACUGAAAACCGGCCAUUUUGCGUGACGAGGUACUGCAAUAUGCAGAGACUAUGUCAGACAACACCCUCUACACCUCGCCUGGGCUUGCAGAAGAGAACGCCAUCUCUCACACCCCUUACACCCCUUACACUCCUUACACCCGUCCAAUCUCUUGAUGGGUCGUUCUGCAAGCGAACGCGCAAGUGGAAAUACAAAUGCACCCUCUACACUCUCUACACUCUCUACACCUCAGUAACGCGUGUAUUGUUCUUCCUGAAAACCCUAGGAAUGGGUACAGCACCCCAGUUAUUGUCCAGACGCCUUUAUUUGAUUUCAUACUGUUCUCGGGCCUAGUCAGGUCUUAUAUAAUUCGCUGUGCACUGUACAUGCGUCGCUCAUCAGGGAACUUCUGCACAUCCUUUCUCUUAUUCCACUGUUUUAUCAUUUGCUCCGUUGUGUCUGUGUCGUUGGGUAGACUGGAGACUUGGCAGGCAUUGUCACAGAAAAGAUGAAGAUCUCGACAGGAUUGGCAGCCAGCCUUGCCUUGUUUCACAGUGUAGCUGCAGGUCCCCUGGCUGCUGGUCACACUCAACCGCGUGGCAGCACUUCUCGAAACAUCUUGAGCGUCAAGAUACAGCGUGAUCUUGGCGCACAGCUGUCCCCGUCAACCACCAUCUUUGGACCCAGCGACCCCGCAUACAGCAACGCAACACAUAGAUGGGACACUUUUGCAGCACCCACAGUGCCUGUGGUUGUUGAAGUUGGCGCGGAAUCGGAUGUUGCUAAAGUUGUCAAAUACUGCAACGAAAAUUGUAUCGACUUCUUGGCGUACAAUACUGGUCAUGGAUCGACCGCAACGCUCGGAAGGUUCAACGGUGUUAUGAUAAGCCUGAGUAAACUGACCCAGAUUACCAUACAACCAGAUGGCAAGUCUGCUUGGCUACAAGGCGGCACUCGCGGUGGGCCGCUCAACGCCUAUCUCUGGGACAAAGGCUACGUGACUACUACUGGAGCUUGCGAUUGCGUCGGUGUUGCUGGAGUUGGUCUUGGGGGUGGUCACGGACGCCUUGAGGGGGUCUAUGGAAUGAUCUCCGACAACAUACGCCAGCUAAACGUUGUGCUCGCAAACGGUUCGGCAGUUCGCGUCAAUGCCACAAGCUAUAUCGAUCUCUAUUGGGCAAUGCGAGGUGCCGGCCACAAUUUUGGCAUUGUUACGAGUUCCGAGAUGAACCUCUAUCCUCACGGACCUUCUACCUGGCUCUACAAGAACUAUCUUUGGAAAGGCGACAAGCUCAACGACAUUUUUACAGCCAUAAACGUUCUUCACGGCAACGGAACAACUCCCGUAAACAUGACCUAUAAUAACGGCCUCUUCCUAUACAUUCCAGCUAUUGACAUCAAGAAACCAGUCAUCGCCUGGCAGUUUUCGUUUCGCGGAUCCGCAGCGGAGGCCGCCAAGUACUUCAAACCUUUUGAUGCCAUUGCCGCCGUGAGCAUUGACUCUGGCAGUGUCCCCUAUCCCAGCCUUGCCCAUGCUCAGAGUACUGGGCUCGACGAUCCUGCAUGCACCAGCAGUACCAUACGACUCAUCACCACCGCCGGCCUGCGUGUCUUCAACCUCACGGCGGAACAGCAAAUCUUUGACUCAUUUACAAAGCGCAUCGCGGAGCAGCCUAGCCUUGCAACGGGGCCUUACAUUAUUCACGAGGGCUACUCGACGGAGGGCGUGAAAGCUGUAAACCCGGCGGACUCUGCCUAUCCUUUCCGCGAUAACAUCCACCUCACGCAGUUCCAAGGCAACCUCGCCGCUAACGCGAGUAAACAGGAUCAAGAUCAGAUGUGGAAGUGGGCGAGAGAAGUUCAGGACCUCUGGAACGCCGGCCAGCCUACCCGCCAGCCUGAUGUAUACGUCAACUAUGCAAGUGGUUUUGAGACUGUGCAGGAUUGGUAUGGUCAUGAGCCGUGGCGGGUCGCAAAGCUCCGUCGCGUCAAAGCCGAUUAUGAUCCGUCCAAUCGUUUCCGGUUCUAUAAUCCCGUCAAUUGAGGGCGGAAUUCGGUGGUCAUUUAGCGCGG